AUGGCGGCGGCCUCGCGCGCGUGCCGCCGGUGCGGGCGGCCGCUCCCAGAGCUGCUGCUACUGCUGCUGGCACUGCCGCCUCCAGGGGGCCCGCGGGGUGCUGCCGCCUACUUCCCGGAGGAGCGCUGGAGCCCUGAGUCGCCGCUGCAGGCACCGCGCGUGCUUAUCGCGCUGCUGGCGCGCAAUGCGGCCCACGCGCUGCCGGCCACGCUGGGUGCACUGGAGCGGCUGCGCCACCCGCGGGAGCGCACGGCGCUGUGGGUGGCCACAGACCACAACUCAGACAACACGUCAGCAGUGCUUCGGGAAUGGCUGGUGGCAGUGAAGAGUUUGUACCACUCUGUGGAGUGGCGGCCGGCAGAGGAGCCCAGGUCCUACCAAGAUGAGGAGGGCCCCAAACACUGGUCUGACUCUCGAUACGAGCAUGUCAUGAAGUUGCGCCAGGCAGCCCUGAAAUCAGCCCGGGACAUGUGGGCUGAUUAUAUCUUGUUUGUGGACGCAGACAACCUGAUCCUUAACCCUGACACGCUGACACUUCUCAUCGCUGAGAACAAGACGGUGGUGGCGCCCAUGCUGGAUUCCCGAGCUGCGUACUCCAAUUUCUGGUGUGGGAUGACUUCUCAGGGCUACUACAAGCGCACACCUGCCUACAUCCCCAUUCGAAAGCGGGACCGCCGGGGCUGUUUUGCAGUUCCCAUGGUACACUCAACUUUCCUGAUCGACUUGCGGAAGGCCGCAUCCAGGAACUUGGCAUUCUACCCUCCACACACUGACUAUACCUGGUCCUUCGAUGACAUCAUUGUUUUUGCCUUCUCUUGCAAGCAGGCAGAGGUCCAGAUGUAUGUGUGCAACAAGGAGGUGUAUGGCUUUCUGCCAGUGCCGCUGCGGUCACAUAGUACCCUCCAGGAUGAGGCUGAGAGCUUCACACACGUGCAGCUGGAGGUUAUGGUGAAGCACCCCCCAGCAGAGCCCUCCCGGUUUGUCUCAGUGCCUACCAAGAUGCCAGACAAGAUGGGCUUUGAUGAGGUUUUCAUGAUCAACCUGAAGCGGAGGCAGGACCGGCGGGAACGCAUGCUGUGGGCACUGUGGGCGCAAGAGAUCAAGGUCCGGCUGGUGGAGGCUGUGGACGGCAAAGCCAUGAACACCAGCCAGGUGGAGGACCUGGGCAUCCAGAUGUUGCCUGGCUACCAGGACCCCUACCAUGGACGGCCCCUGACGAAGGGAGAAUUGGGUUGCUUCCUCAGCCACUAUAACAUCUGGAAGGAGAUCGUGGACAGGGGACUGCAGAAAUCGCUGGUCUUCGAGGAUGACCUGCGCUUCGAGAUUUUCUUCAAGAGGCGCCUGAUGAACCUCAUGAAGGAUGUGGAGAGGGAAGAUCUGGACUGGGACCUCAUCUAUGUGGGCCGGAAGCGGAUGCAGGUGGAGCACCCCGAGAAGGCGGUGCCCCGUGUGAGGAACCUGGUGGAGGCUGACUACUCCUAUUGGACACUGGCUUAUGUGAUCUCCCUGCAAGGCGCCCACAAACUGCUGGCUGCCCAGCCGCUCUCCAAGAUGCUACCCGUUGAUGAGUUCCUGCCAGUCAUGUUCGACAAGCACCCAGUGACCGAGUACAAGGCCCACUUCUCGCCCCGCAACCUGUUCGCUUUCUCCGUGGAGCCUCUGCUGGUGUUCCCCACACACUACACAGGGGACGAUGGGUACGUGAGCGACACGGAGACCUCGGUCGUGUGGAACAACGAGCAUGUCAAGACUGACUGGGACCGUGCCAAAUCCCAGAAGAUGAGGGAGCAGCAGGCAUUGAGCCGAGAGGCCAAAAACUCGGAUGUACUACAGUCCCCACUGGACAGCGCUGCCCGGGAUGAGCUCUGAGGGGCAGCGGCUAGAGCGGCCUCCAGAUGCUUGCUGGGGACAGCGGGCCUGCCGAGCCCUGGCUGCAGAGGACUCUCCAUGCAGGGUGGUGGCCAGCCAGCUCUUGCUCAGCAGUCACAUGCACACAGGCAGCAUUAGUGGAGUGCCUACUGUAUGCCAGGAGUAGUGUUUGGCACUGGGAGAUUGGGUAGGAACAAGCCAUCAUUCAUCUCCUGUGCGCCUGACCUUUUUUAAGCAUUGACCAUGUACCAGACUCGUGCGUGAUAGCAGUGAAUGAGGCAUAACCAUUUCCUCAGUGAUGAGUCAGUCAGCCAGCAUUUACUGACAUCCCCCCAAGAAUCAGGCACUAGCGAUACACAUUAAUUUUUAAAAUUAAUUUAAGUAUUUAUUGAGUGCCUACUGAACGUUGGGCACCCUUUCAGGCUCUGGGAAUAAUAAACAAGACACUUUCAUUUAUUCAAAUACAUAUCAGGCACCUACUAUGUGCCUGGUACUUGUGACACAAAAGUAAUUAUUAACUCAAUGCUUUUAUUGAGUGCCUACUGUGUGCCAGGAGUUGAGCUUAGUGCUAGGGAUGGAAAUAAACAUGGUGCUUUUCACUCUUUAAUUGGUUUCUUCCCAAUACAUCUAAAGAGCACCACGUACUGUGUGCACCAGGCAUUAGUGGUACAAAACAGUAUAACUGUUCAGUCAGCAUUUGAUUACCACAUGUGUGCUGGGCCACAGAGAUGAACAAAAAGAGUCCUUUCAUUUCUUCAUGUGUUUGGCAUUUAUUAAGUGCCUGCUGUGUACCAGACCUUGUGGGCUCCCAGUGGGGUUAGAGAAUGGUUCAGUUUGAGUCCUUAUUUGUCCCCCCGUCACCUGAGCUAUGUGCAGACCGCUGCCCAGGAGGGAAGGUGACUAUUCUCUCACCAGGGGCUUCUGCUGGCCACAUGCAGCCCCCCUGGAGGGGGUGGGGAUGAGGAUGGGGGCUGGGUCUCCCCUGCCUACCCCUGGUUCUGUUUGCUUGAUCUCCUAGGCCUGCAUCUCAGGUGUGGUCUCUGCCUGCUCAGUGGUAUUCCUCUGUCCAAGCCCUCGGUGGGCUCAGCUGCACUGGGGUGCUGCCUGCAGCUUGGGCAGCGUGUUCUGCAGCCCAGGCUCAGGACUUGCUGUGCCUUCAGCCAGAAAUGAAUGUCAGAGCCGGCCAGCAGUGCGUUACUCUUAGGGAUGGCUACUGCUCGCUGGGUCGGGUCCUGGAUAACUUGCUUAUUUUUUUAUUAAAUG